AUGUCCAUUGUAAGCUCACCUCUGUUGAGAUCCACAUCAUUUGAUAUCUUGAGCAGCAAAAGAAUCGUAGAGCCAAGGACAAGCACAUCACUGCGAAGAUCGUCCUCUGCUUCAUCGUCAUCCUCAUCUUCCUCCACAUCAGCAAAUUCAGUAGACAAAAAGUACUCUUACCGAACUUGCCCAAUGUGCUCUGAGCGUCUGCUGGUUAGAAUUCACGGGGCCUUUGUACACAAAUGGAUCAAUCUACACUUUGCCAACAGACAUCAUGAAUGGAUGCAUGUUGUGGUGAAUCUUCACUAA